UUUGUGUCUUCUUCAAUUCUCUCUUUGUCAUAUACCCGUUCUCUUCUCUUUCUCCGUAAAGAAUAUAAUCUCCAAUUUCUUCAUCACAUUUCCUUUCUUAUUUUAAUUUAAUUUUACUUUGCAUCAUCAUCAACACGGGCCAAUUAAAGGAAUCUCCUUUUCUUCGAUUGCUACUUAUAAAAUUGAGAAAGAAUUGCGCAGGUAUAUGUAAUUAUCAAAGAGAAGCAUCAUCAUCAUUAGCACUACUACAGACAGCUAAAUAGAUUCAUCAUCAUCAUUUGAUCUCUCGUGGGUUUCUAGCUUUCCCUAUAGGGUUUUUCUUCUUCUUUUUUUCUAAAAUUUUAGAUCGACAAAGUCUUUGGGGUGAGAGAUCAAGCAAAUCUGGGCUUUGUGUUUGGUUUUUUAUAGAAGAUGGGAUCUUCUUCUGGGCAAAGUGGGUACGAUCUGUCGUUUAAGAUCUUGUUGAUUGGAGAUUCUGGUGUUGGUAAAAGCAGCUUGCUUGUGAGCUUCAUUUCCAGCUCCGUUGAAGAUAUUGCUCCUACUAUCGGUGUUGAUUUCAAGAUCAAACAAUUGACAGUAGGAGGCAAAAGACUGAAACUUACAAUCUGGGACACAGCUGGACAGGAACGGUUUAGAACACUGACUAGCUCUUACUACAGAGGCGCUCAAGGAAUCAUUCUCGUCUAUGAUGUGACGAGAAGGGAGACAUUUACAAACUUGGUAGAUGUGUGGGGUAAGGAGAUUGAGCUUUACUCCACAAACCAAGAAUGUGUUAGGAUGCUCGUUGGGAACAAAGUCGAUAGAGAAUCUGAGAGAGGAGUUAGCAGAGAAGAAGGGGUUGCUCUGGCGAAAGAACUCAAGUGCAUGUUUCUUGAGUGUAGUGCUAGGACAAGACAAAACGUGGAACAGUGUUUCGAAGAGCUGGCUUUGAAGAUAAUGGAGGUACCUAGUCUUUUGGAAGAAGGAUCAAGUGCUGUGAAGAGAAACAUCUUGAAGCAAAAACCAGAAAACCAGAGUAGUCAUCAAACAGGCUGUUGCAGCUCGUGAGGCGAUUCGAUUUUACAUUUAAAAAAACUCGAGUUAUUCUACUGUGCAUCGCAAUCUCAAUCUGAUUCUUGUCUCUGAGGUCGCCUCCUUUGUGUGUAAGUAACAUAAUGUUAGCUUCUCUGUAAAUUUGUGAGAGUCCUGUUAUUCUUCUUUUGCUUCUGAAACGAGAUUGUAAUAACAUCAUGAAAGAAUGAAUCAACCCUAUCCAGUGUUUUCUUCAAA